CAGAUCGGAUGGCGGACGGAACUGCGCACUCGCGGUAUGUGAAGCUGACAAAGGAUCAAGCGCCGGCCGAGGACAUUAAGCCCGGCGAGCUCAAUCGGCCCAUCGAAGUUCCCCAGUUGAAUGUUCACAGGUGUCAUGAAUGCGGACAACCUUUACCCGAGAGCUAUCAGCCCCCUGGAGAUGAGCCUUGGACAACCGGAAUUUUUGGCUGUGCUGAAGAUAGAGAAAGUUGCUUGACAGGGUUAUUUUGUCCAUGUGUUCUGUUUGGGCGCAAUGUUGAGAGCCUAAGAGACGAUACCCCUUGGAACAGACCAUGCAUUUGUCAUGCCGUUUGUAUUGAAGGUGGUAUGGCUCUGGCAGCAUUAACUGCAAUCUUCCAUGACAUUGACCCAAGGACUUCAUUUCUUAUUUGCGAGUGUCUGUUAUUUUCUUGGUGGAUGUGUGGGGUAUAUACAGGUCUUGUCUUGCAAUCCUUGCAGAAGAAGUAUCAUCUACAGAACUCGCCGUGUGACCUAUGCUUGACACACUGCUGCUUGCACUGGUGCGCCUUGUGCCAAGAGCACAGGGAGAUGAAGGGAUGCCUCUCGGACAAUGCUGUGAUGCCAAUGACCGUCGUCAACCCACCCCAAGUUCAACAGAUGAAGUCUGCUGACGACAACCAGGACUCCGCUUCACCACCGACAAACACCAUCCAAGCUUACCUACCGCUCUUCCGCCCUACGACACGUCGCUCAAGCGACUCGAGCACCUCGAAAUCGUACCAUAGCUAUCUCUGCAACAUCCAGCCCAACAGAGCUCCACCUUCGAGAUGCUGGACGGUGGUGCCAACUCUGUCGCCGCGUUGUCUGAUUCUCCACCAGACCCCACCUGCUGCACAUGGUGCGCACACCCGGAGCAAGCUGGGCUGCGCUCUCGGCAUCGACUCUUUCCACCACAGCGCCUGGGCUCCCUCGAGCUCGUCGCUAUGACCACCAUGAUAGCAAAGAACUUCAACGACCGCCGUCAAACGACUAGCCGGUCGUGAAGCUCGAAGCACCAUCUUCUCCGUCCUCCUUGCUCCGCUGCCUGCAAAUUUCUCUACCCAUCAUCAACAUUUAUA